AUGAGUGCCACGCCACCCCAUGACAACGACAAAGAUGGUGGUGGAGUAGUAGUGCCAAUCGAGAACACAGAGGACGACAUCAAAAUUGUGUGGAACUACAAGAGAAUCGCGAGCUUGGUCGCCAUGGCCUUCCUAUGGACGGGCUCUCAGAUUCCAGCGUAUCUCCUUGGCGGUAUUCCGCCCUUGAUCUAUCGGGACAUUGGUGGCAUCGAUCGAUGGGUCUGGUUUAUAUUGGCCAACCUCCUCACGCUGGCGGCAGUGUGCCCAUUUGUUGGCUCGUUGUCCGACUUGUUUGGGCGCAGAUACGUUGCCCUGGUGGGAGCAGCUUUCCUGGUCGUUGCCAUGGUGGUGUGCGGCACGGCCAACAAUAUGGACCAAUUCAUUGCUGGAAUGGCACUUUCAGGUGCCGGCGCCGGUAUCUGCGAGUUGACUUGCCUGGCGGGAACAUCGGAGCUUGCUCCUACUCGACAACGUGGCAAGUACGUUGCUGGCCUGAUCAUGACGAUUAUCCCAUUUUGCCCUUCGGCGUUAUACGCCGAGCUCAUCGCGGGCUAUGCAUCUUGGAAGUAUUGCUGCUUACUGUCCGGUGUUUGGGCCUUGAUCGGCUUCAUUGGAGUCCUCUUCUUUUACUUCCCAGCUCCUCGGCCGAACCCGCGAGGCUUGACAAAACGACAGAUCAUCAGCGAGGUCGAUAUUGUUGGCGGUUUCCUCAGUAUAUCCGGCACGAUUGUCUUCCUCGCCGGUCUUGUCUGGGGCGGAUACCAGUACGAAUGGACAUCAGUACAUGUCCUACUGCCAAUGAUUCUCGGGUUUCUACUCCUCUUCGUCGCAUUCCCCAUCUGGGAAGUCAAGUUUGCGAAGUUUCCAAUGUUUCCGUCCAGGAUGAAGCAGGAGACGAGGCUGCUUACAUUGACGCUUAUUAUUACAGCGAUAUCCGGGUCCAACUUCUUUUCAAUUCUUAUGUUUUGGCCCACACAGGCGUUCAAUGUGUAUGGUCACGAUCCUGUUGGUGUUGGCUUACGAACCCUUCCCAUCGGUUUCGCAAUUCUGGCCGGCUGUGUAGUUGUUCUUGUUCUCCUCUCGGUUCUCAAUGGCCAAAUUCGCUCUCUGCUUCUCGGAUCGAGCAUUCUAAUGACCGCUGGCUGUGGGGCGCUUGCAACCGCCAAUCUACACAAUAUCCAUCAAAUAUACGGGAUUCUCGUCGUGGCCGGUCUUGGAAUUGGCGGAAUCGUGGUCCCAGCCUCCAUCAUCACGACCAUUAUCUGUCCUGAUGAUGUGAUCGCCACCGUCACUGCGCUGACAUUGUCCAUCCGCGUUGUCGGCGGUUGCAUCGGAUACGCAAUCUACUACAACGUGUUCGUCAAUCAUUUCAGUACUCAGGUUGUCGAGAAGAUUGCGGGGGUCAUGACGGUCACACUUGGGGUUCAGGACCCCAAUGAGAUUCUGAGUGCCAUUACCGCAACUUCCAACUCUCUGAUAGAAGACCUUCGACUCCUACCCAGCAUUGGGGACAACGACACUGCCUUUGAGCUCGUGGUUACUGCGGGACAGUUGGCAUAUUCGGAAAGCUAUAAGUGGGUUUAUUAUGUGUCGAUUGCAUUUGGUGGACUAGCAAUAGUGUGCUCCAUGUUUCUCGGCAGCAUCGACACAUACAUGAAUGACCAUAUCGCUGCCAACGUGCAGUGA